ACAAACUCAAUCUAAAUCUAAAAUUAGGAAACGUUUUAUAUCCCAAGCUAAUUCUAAAACGGCACCGAGAAUUCCGAAAUUCCCAAUGCUCCACUUUGGUUUAUCAGUGAGCGAGUGAACCCAACACCAAACAACCCAACUGAACUGAAGAUCAAAAUUUCAACUACUAAAACAUUUUUGUGAUCACACCCAGCUAGUAUGGAAACAAAAAACCAGAUAAGCACAGAAAAGUAUGCUGCUGAUAUAUCUUCCAUAAGAGAAGCACAGCUACGCAUCAACUCCUUUGUUCAUAAAACACCAGUCCUUAUCUCAGAAUCUCUAAAUGCCAUAUCUGGAAGGGAGUUGUUCUUUAAAUGUGAAUGUUUUCAGAAGGGUGGAGCAUUCAAAUUCAGAGGGGCCUGCAAUGCUAUAUUUUCACUUGAUGGGGACAGGGCAGCUAAAGGGGUAGUAACACACAGCAGCGGCAACCAUGCUGCAGCAUUGGCUUUGGCUGCAAAAUUAAGGGGGAUCCCGGCAUAUGUUGUUAUACCAAAAAAUGCUCCAAAAUGCAAAGUAGAGAAUGUUGUUCGUUAUGGUGGUAAGAUUAUAUGGAGUGAGCCUACGAUACAGUCGAGGGAAAGCACUGCAACAAAGGUAUUACGAGAAACUGGUGCAGUCCUUGUUCAUCCAUUUAAUGAUGGGCGCAUUAUAAGUGGACAGGGUACCAUAUCAUUAGAGCUUCUGGAGCAAGCGCCACAAAUUGACACUAUAAUAGCUCCAAUAAGUGGAGGCGGUUUAAUAUCAGGAGUGGCAUUGGCUGCUAAGUCCAUAAACCCUUCUAUUCGAGUUUUGGCUGCUGAACCUAAGGGAGCUAAUGAUGCAGCUCAAUCCAAAGCAGCUGGUGAGAUUAUAAUAUUGCCUGAAACCAACACUAUUGCUGAUGGACUCCGAGCUUUUCUUGGAAAUCUGACAUGGCCAAUAGUACGGGAUUUUGUAGAUGAUGUUAUAACUGUGGAAGAUGAGGAGAUUGUAGAAGCCAUGAAACUCUGUUAUGAGAUUCUGAAAGUUGCCAUAGAACCUAGCGGAGCCAUUGGCCUUGCAGCUGUUUUGUCUGAUAGUUUCCAGAAAAACCCAAGUUUGAAGGAUUGUAACCACAUAGGUAUCAUACUGUCAGGAGGUAAUGUUGAUCUUGGUGUUCUUUGGGAUUCAUUCAAAAGGAGGUAAUGUUGAUCUUGGUGUUCUUUGGGAUUCAUUCAAAAGGAGGUAAUGUUGAUCUUGGUGUUCUUUGGGAUUCAUUCAAAAGGAGGUAAUGUUGAUCUUGGUGUUCUUUGGGAUUCAUUCAAAAGGUGAUAGUCAAACUAGUUACUGGUCUACUCAACCAUUUCUUUUUAAUGGAGCAAGCUCCAUUGACGAUUAAAGACAGACACUCUCAACUUUUUAUUUUAUUUCAUUUCAUAUAUCUUGUAUACGGGACUCCGGCAAGGACGAAUGAUCUUACUGUUUAAUGUUUCCAAUCUAAAUUCAACUCAAUAUUAUCAUAAAGCAUUUAUUUUGAACCAA